AUGGAGAUGCAGAAAGGCAAAGGGGGAGCCGCAGCAGCAGCAGCUACAGCAGGUGGAGGAGGAGGAGGAGGAGGGAAAUUGCUGAUCUACACCAGCUUGGAUGCCAAGGAUGAGUUAGAGGAGAGGCUUGAAAGAUGCAUGGGCGUCGUGACGGCUCUGACGGGCGGCGUCUCGGAGAGGGAAGCCAAUGACGCCCUGAAUACCCAUGUAUGCAAAGGAGCCACCCAGCACGAGGAAGUCGUCCUGGGACUCUUCACCCAGAUCCUCACCGAGCCCACCCAAGCGCAGAAGUGUUACCGGGAUCUGACGCUAGUGAGCCGAGACGGAAUGGGCGGCUUGUUGACCAAGAUGAACCAGGUAGUGAUGGAUAAGUACCAGAAGCUGCAGGACACGCCUCGGGCUCAGAUUGUCUGGCUGGUGCGGGAGAUGGUGAGGAGCGGCUUGCUUGGGAGUGAUGGCCUCUGCAUGACCUUCAUGAAGCAGAUAGCAGGCGGGGACGUGACCGCGAAGAAUAUCUGGUUGACAGAGAGCAUCCUGGACAUCUUCAUGGAGCAGAGGGAGUGGGUGCUGAAGAGCUCGGUGCUGAUCGCCAUGUCCGUGUACACGUUCCUGCGCCUCAUCGUGGACCACCACGGCUCCUCGCAGCUGCAGGCCCUGCGGCAGAAGGAGGUGGACUUCUGUAUCUCUCUGCUCCGCGAACGGUUCAUGGAUUGCGCCGUGAUUGGCCGGGAUCUGGUGAGACUCUUGCAGAACGUUGCUAGGAUACCCGAGUUUGAGCAGCUCUGGAAGGACAUUAUCCACAACCCGCAGGCGCUGAGCCCGCAGUUCACAGGCUUGUUGCAGCUCCUGCAGUCCCGGACUUCGCGCAAGUUCCUGGCCUUCCGCCUGACACCGGAUAUGGAGACCAAGCUGCUCUUCAUGACCUCUCGGGUGCGCUUUGGCCAACAGAAGAGGUACCAAGACUGGUUCCAGCGGCAGUACCUGUCCACCCCGGACAGCCAGUCCCUGCGUUGUGACCUCAUCCGCUACAUCUGCGGGGUGGUCCACCCGUCCAACGAGGUGCUGAGCUCCGACAUCCUGCCUCGCUGGGCCAUCAUUGGCUGGCUGCUCACCACCUGCACGUCCAACGUAGCCGCUUCCAACGCCAAGCUGGCCCUGUUCUACGACUGGCUCUUCUUCAGCCCCGAGAAAGACAGCAUCAUGAACAUUGAGCCAGCCAUUCUAGUCAUGCACCACUCCAUGAAGCCACACCCAGCCAUCACUGCCACCCUGCUGGACUUCAUGUGUCGGAUCAUUCCUAACUUCUGUCCCGCCCUGGAAGUCCACGUGCGACAAGGCGUCUUCAACUCCCUCACCCACAUUGUGGAGAAGCGAGUCCUUGCGCACCUGGCUCCUCUCUUCGACAACCCAAAGCUGGACAAGGAGCUCCGGGCCAUGCUGAGAGAGAAGUUCCCCGAGUUCUGCAGUUCGCCCUCUCCCCCCGUCGAAGUCAAAAUCGAGGAGCCGGUUUCCAUGGAGAUGGACAAUCACAUGUCCGACAAAGACGACAGUUGCUACGACAACGCAGAGGCCGCCUUCAGUGACGACGAAGAAGACUUGAAUAGCAAAGGGAAAAAGAGAGAGUUCCGGUUCCACCCGAUCAAAGAAGCCGUCGUGGAAGAGCCGGUCGACAUCACGCCUUUCCUGGACCAGCUGGACGAGUCCUUGAAGGAUAAAGUCCUGCUGCUGCAGAAGGGGAGCGAUACGGAGGCCCAGUGUGAGGUCAUGCAGGAAAUCGUGGAUCAAGUCCUGGAGGAGGAUUUUGACCAGGAGCAGCUGUCGGUCCUCGCGUCCUGUCUGCAGGAACUCUUCAAGGCUCACUUCCGCGGGGAGGUACUACCAGAAGAGAUCACCGAAGAGUCUCUGGAGGAAUCCGUGGGGAAGCCGCUUUACCUAAUAUUUAGGAACCUCUGCCAGAUGCAGGAAGACAACAGCAGCUUUUCUGUCCUGCUGGAUCUUUUGUCUGAGCUCUAUCAGAAGCAGCCCAAAAUCGGCUACCACCUCCUCUACUACUUAAAAGCCAGCAAAGCCGCGGCCGGGAAGAUGAAUCUGUACGAGUCGUUUGCCCAGGCCACCCAGCUGGGCGACCUGCACACCUGCCUGAUGAUGGACAUGAAGGCCUGCCAGGAGGAUGACGUCCGGCUGCUCUGCUACCUCACGCCUUCCAUCUACACUGAGUUUCCAGACGAGACCUUGCGGAGCGGGGAGCUGUUGAACAUGAUCGUGGCGGUCAUUGACUCGGCUCAGCUCCAGGAGCUCGUGUGCCACGUGAUGAUGGGCAACCUGAUGAUGUUCCGGAAGGACUCGGUCCUGAAUAUUCUGAUUCAGAGCUUGGAUUGGGAGACGUUUGAGCAGUACUGCACGUGGCAGCUGUUCCUGGCGCAUAACAUCCCCCUGGAGAGCAUCAUCUCCAUCCUGCAGCAUCUCAAGUACAAAGAACACCCCGAGGCGCUUUCCUGCCUGCUGCUCCAGCUGAGACGCGAAAAGCCCAGCGAAGAGAUGGUGAAGAUGGUGCUGAGCCGGCCGUGCCACCCGGACGACCAGUUCACCACCAGCAUCCUCCGGCACUGGUGCAUCAAACACGACGACCUCUUGGCGGAGCACAUCAAGUCCCUCCUGAUCAAGAACAACAGCCUGCCCCGGAAACGCCAAAGCCUGCGGAGUUCCAGCAGCAAACUGGCCCAGCUGACUCUGGAGCAGAUCCUGGAGCACCUGGACAAUUUGCGCCUGAACCUCACCAACACCAAACAGAACUUCUUCAGCCAAACCCCGAUCCUUCAAGCGCUGCAGCACGUCCAGGCCAGCUGCGACGAGGCCCACAAGAUGAAGUUCAGCGACCUCUUCUCUCUGGCCGAGGAGUACGAGGACUCCUCCAGCAAGCCCCCCAAGAGCCGCCGGAAAGCCACGAUGUCCAGCCCCCGCAGCCGCAAGAACGCAGCCCAGCCGGCCAACAACGAAGAGGAGUCUGCCUCCAGUAGCGCCUCGGAGGAGGAAGACACCAAACCGAAACCAACGAAGCGGAAGCGGAAAGGCUCCUCAGCAGUGGGCUCAGACAGUGACUGAGGAGGGGGGGUCAGGGCCCUGGCAGCACCGCUUGCCCGCCUGCCUCCCAUCUGCCUCGGCGCCAGCGGUUCCCAGGCAACAGCGGCGUUAGCAGAGAGUGGUCCCGGAGCACCUGGACGGACACCAUCGGCAGCAAUGAAACGCGCGAGAGAUGCAUCUGCGUGUGUGUGCCCCCCCACUCAGCGAGACUUGAACGCUCUGACUGUCCCUUUCCUGAGCAGCACCCCCUCUGCCCCUGCCUCCCCACCCCGCUCCCCAUGUGACCUGUGCUCCACGCCCGGCAUUGUCCUGCUCCUUGCCAUCCUGUCUAGACUGACACGGCAGGGAAAGGGGGAUUCUGUAUGGCCGUCCACCAGGGGGCACGGAAGACACUGGUCACCACUGCCAGGGGAUCUGUAAUCAGAAGUGUUACCAGGCCAGCGAGAAACCGGGUCCACCUCCCACUCCACCCCCCACCCCAUCCUCCACAAAAAAGCAAAUAAAGCGUGUGAACCGGCUUACAGCUCCCUCGGUGCUCCUGGCUAGGGGGAUCGGGAUGCGGGGAGGGGGCUCGUCCGGGACCGUCUCUUCCAGGCAUCUCAGCAGAGAUGUCAUUUUCCGACUUCUCACAUUUCUCCUCCCUCACCCCCCAGUAGGGGAGGUGAAGUUCCUAUUUUCUCCUUGCAUUGAACCACCGCUGGGGCCCCAGUCCCUCCCCCCCCAUCCCCCAGCCCCCCCCCCCAGGCCAGACUCGCUGUGGCUUCCUCGCCAUUCCUGGGUUGCCAACCGGACACGUGCAAGCCACCAUCUCCCACCACCCACCCGCUGUACCCUGCCUUCAGCCCGCCCUGCAACAACCCCAUGCAUCCCUCCCCUAGGCUAUUGGCACAAAGGACAGGUGCCGAAGGCUUCCCGGCAGGCUCUGAAGAGAACAUCCUGUCUUCCUGUGGGCCCCCACCCCACCCGCUUGGAGGAGCUUGCCAGGGUGGUGGUGGGGAACAGUUUAUCAGAGCAACCGGCCAGCAAGACAAGAUGGCGGUUAUAUUUUUAAUUCCCCAUCUACCCACCGAGAGAUUAUCAUUUUUAAGUGGUUUUUAAAGAGACAAUAAAAACUGUCGACAUGUUUUGU